AGUUUUGCCAGAGCGUCACUCAGUCUAUGCAGCAGGAGAAGCCAGGCUGCUCAAUCGAGCACAGAUCAGUCGCUCUGCUACUUUUCCUGCGGCCCAUAUGAGAGGUGCAAACUCCGACUUGUGUGCUUUUAUGCUCUUGGACAGCUGUUUUAUUUUCUCCGGACUCACCUGGAUAUAGACGGGAGGCACCUUCAUUUCCGCGUGUUUUGUUUAUCUGGCUGCAGCUGUUGAUGGGAGGGAAAAGGGCAGGCAGUUUAUUAGCUUGCUAGCUUGCUAAUGUGUUGCUACAGGCUAACCCCUCAGUGAUAUGUGAUACUGAGGCGGUUUGUAAACUCUGAGAUAUCCCUUAGUGUAACACAGUCCUUGGUUCUGCUGCUGCUUUUUAGUUGGGGAACAAUGUUGCUUUUAUACAAGUUUAAAUGUGGUUCUGAACAUAGACAGUCAACAGUGUAGCUUGCUACCUGGUGCUGAUAGUUACCUGUGGGUUUCCUGCUAGCCACGUACACACCUAACGGGAGAAGCUAGUUUCCCCGUCCUGUCAGUGUAGUUACACUUCAUGUGAAUGACAGGUACCAAGUUAUUGAGAGUCUGCGAGAUAUACCAAAUCAUCCUGAGGGACUGAACCGUGAACCGAGGACAUGAUGGACUGUGACUUAAUGUUGUUUCGCCGGACCUGAAAGUGGGGCUAAUAGGUUUCCUGGUCCUGUUCGAUUGAGCGGAUGAUGAAGCGGCUCAUCUGGCUGAUAUCAGGAUUAAACAGAAGAAUGAUGAAGCUGCUUUUUGCCCUCGCUUUGAUCGCCUACAUUGCCUCUGUCUGGGGAACGUACACAAACAUGAGAUCGAUUCAAGAACACGGAGAAAUGAAGAUCGAGCAAAGAAUUGAUGAUGCUGUGGCUCCUCUCAGAGAGAAGAUUCGGGAUCUGGAACAAAGUUUCUCACAGAAGUACCCACCUGUGAAAUUCCUGUCUGAAAAGGAUCGAAAAAGGAUUCUGAUCACCGGUGGAGCCGGGUUCGUGGGCUCCCACCUGACUGACAAGCUCAUGAUGGACGGCCAUGAGGUGACGGUGGUGGACAAUUUCUUCACAGGAAGGAAAAGGAACGUGGAGCACUGGAUCGGCCAUGAAAACUUUGAGCUCAUCAAUCAUGAUGUGGUGGAGCCUCUCUAUAUUGAGGUGGACCAGAUCUACCACUUGGCUUCUCCAGCCUCCCCUCCCAACUACAUGUACAAUCCCAUCAAAACACUCAAGACCAACACAAUUGGCACUCUCAAUAUGCUCGGUCUCGCCAAACGUGUGGGCGCCAGACUUCUCCUAGCUUCUACUUCUGAGGUAUACGGAGAUCCAGAGGUUCACCCACAAAAUGAGGAGUACUGGGGGCAUGUGAACCCGAUUGGUCCUCGAGCAUGCUACGAUGAAGGGAAACGUGUGGCAGAGACCAUGUGUUAUGCCUACAUGAAACAGGAAGGAGUAGAGGUGAGGGUGGCAAGAAUCUUCAACACGUUCGGCUCCCGGAUGCACAUGAAUGAUGGGCGUGUAGUCAGCAACUUCAUCCUGCAGGCUCUUCAGGGAGAACCUCUCACUGUGUACGGUACUGGUUCACAAACGAGAGCCUUUCAGUAUGUGAGCGACCUGGUGAACGGCCUCGUGCUCUUGAUGAACAGUAACAUCAGCAGUCCAGUCAAUCUGGGAAACCCAGAGGAGCACACCAUAUUGGAGUUUGCCCGUCUCAUCAAAAGUCUUGUCGUGAGCAGGAGUCAGAUCCAGUUUCUCCCAGAGGCUCAGGACGACCCACAGAGGAGGAGACCUGACAUCAGAAAAGCCAAGAUGAUGCUCGGCUGGGAGCCGGUGGUGCCACUGGAGGAAGGCUUGAACAAAACCAUCCAGUACUUCAGCAGGGAGCUGGAGCACCAAGCCAACAACCAGUACAUCCCCAAACCUAAAGCGGCUCGCAUGAAGAAAGGGAGACCCCGACACAACUGAGGUCAGGUGUCUGGACAAAGACUCUCCGAAACAGAAUGAAGUUAAAGACUCCUGAGGAGACCCUUGAAGACUGAAAUACACUGACGAGUAAAGCACUCUGGGAUAUUGUGUCUUUUUUUUUUAAAGCAGAGACGACUUAUAUGAGAUGUUGUUGCCUUGUGUGCGAGCCACAGCUGCUCUCUUGGAAAAAGGGCUUGAAUCUGGAGCUCUCAUGAUGGAUGGACAGAACUGAAUCAAGAAGAGAAGAAACCUGAAACCCAGCCUAGCGUUUUUGUGAAUUUUUGCUUUUUGCUAUUUAAAUCGCAAACUACAUUACAGGAAUCAUGCCAACAGCUUGUGCUGUGAAUCAGUGCUUUGUGUUCAUUUUAUCACGUUUACGGUGUUGUGUCUCCAGAUAUGAGCUACCUGGCUUUGGUUCUUUUUUUUUCUUUUUUUUCCACUGGAUGUUUCGUGCUCCUAUCAGCGACGUGCCAGCACCCAGCUGGAUGUUCAUGCAGAGCACUGCAAGACUGAGAAAAAAAAGUCUCCACAAAGACUGUUACAGAAUUAUUGUGUGUUUAUCAGGACAUCAUGGUGUUCUACUUUGUGAAAUCUUAUGUCAGGUUUUGCAUUACAAAUCUCAGAUGAUGCUGUUUUAAUAAAAUAUUUCCAAUAUUUUGUGAA